AUGACUGAGUCUUAGUGUUAAAUUUGCAUUUAAUUUGAAGCUGAAGAUAUUUGUAUCCUCUCUGAAAUGCUUAGUUAAAUUACUAUUCCAAUUUCAGGUAUGUAAUCAUAUAAAUAUAGACCAUAAAAUACCUAUUCAAAUGUUUCCUUACAUUUUUAAAAGUUUAAAGUUUCGUAAAUGUCUUGCUCAAAUAUUUGAUACAAAAUACCUUGAAAUAUGUGAAAAAUGUUCACAUAAUAGACUCUAACAAGUCUUUUUGCCAUUAUUUUCAUCAACUGUUACUGAAUAUAAUGAAACUCAAAUAACUUAAUAAAUAGAAGAAGGAUUAGACAAAUUAUAUGAAUCUAUACAAGAAAAACAAUAAAAACUUAAACAAUCUAAAGAAUAAUUUGAUAAACUGGCUUCAUAAUUGUUUAAUUGUGAAGAUGAUGUUGAAGAGAGCAAUUCAUUAGGAGAGGAAAGCAGUAGUAAUGAAGAAAUAAGUAAAAAUAUUUUAUUUAAAGAAAAAGAAAAAAACGAUGAGGAUGAGCAACAACCUAUAAUGUAGUUUAACAAAAAUUCUAAUAAAAAUAAAUUUUAAAAGAGAUCUAUAGAUAUUCUUAAAAAAUGGUUUUUGGAUCAUCUCGAUAAUCCAUAUCCAGAUAAUACUGAAAAAUAAAGACUCUCAAAAAUAACUGGUAUGCAUGUUAGACAAGUAUUACUAUAUAACUUAUAGUUUUAGAUUUAAAAUUGGUUUACAAACUCUAGAAAAAGAUAUUUGGAACCCUUAAAAAAAAAAUUUGAACAUGGAUUAAUGAAAGAAAGUGAUAGUCAAGAAGAAGAUUCUUCAAAAGAAUAGAAAAAACCUUUAAAAUUAAUUUAAUAACAACCACCAUAAUAAUAAUAAAUAAUAUAGCCUUAAUAAUUAAAUAUACCUCCAUAAUAAUUACAAUAAUAAUAAUAAUAAUUUUAAUAAUAAUAAUAAUAAUAAUAACAAUUACAAUAAUAAUAACUUCUUUAAUAAUAAUUUCAAUUGUAAAUACCACUCCAAAAGAAAGUAAAAAUGGAAGAAGGUUGCCAAAAUAAAUCAUCUGAUGCUAACAAUAUUAAAUAAGAAGCUAAAACAGGAUCAUUUGCUUCUGAUCUUUCAUAAUUUUAAUAACCUAAUCAAUUCUAGUAAUUCUAAUAAAUGUAAUAAAUUGCACAAUUAUAAUAAUUAUAAUGGCUUAAUCCUUUAAAUCAAUUGAAUCCUCUAUAAUUUUAACUUGGGCCAUAAUUUUUAUCUCAAUAUUAUAAUUUUUAAGACUAAUCUAAAGUACCUCCUCUAAAUGGAUUACCUUAAUUGCAUUAAGUUCCAAUAUUUCCCUUAUUACCCUCAUUAUAAUAGGCAGGAUUUUAAUAAUUUUUAUAGUAAGGUCCAGGAUAACAGAUAUAAUAACCAGUUUAAGUUACAAAUAUAUAGACUUAAAUACCAUAAAUACCUAAUCUACAAGCACUUUAAGCAGGAUUUUAAUAGUUUAAUGGAUAACUUUAAAAUCCUUAAAAUGGAGUAUUAUAUCCAAUGUAUUAGUAAUAAAUGCAAAAUGAAUAAAAGAAAUGA